UCAAAAAUGAGAAUUAAGUGACGUUCAGUAGAUUCGAGGUGUUUGAUCGUCGCACAAUCAUACUUGGAAUCUCAAUCGAACGUACGAUUCUUUGGUGUUUCAUUACAGGAGCUCGUUGCGCAUUUAAAUACCACUCGAACAGUGGUACGCGCAUCAUAACAAGAAAUAAUUUCUCAAAGAGGAAUAAUUAUAUAUACAAAAUAUGACAUCUAAAGUUCUUAUGAAGCUACCAACGGUACCAUUUUCACAAGGAAAAAAACCAAGCCCACAUGACAUUACUUUAAACGAGAGAAACGAUGGAAUGAUACAAACUAGACAACAAAAUAUGAAUAUAGAUAGAGCAGCUCAAUUGGAGCAAAACAUGAAAUUUCUACAAGAGCAACAUCAAGCGACCUUACUUGCUUUACAUCAAGAAGUUGAAACGUUACGUCAGAGAAACAGAGAUUUGCAAUUUCAAUUAAUUUUUUCAAAAGGAACGACUUGUGUACCUAGCAGUCCUUCUUCACCUGAAGACAAUGGAAAUGGGUUCGCUAAACCAAAGGGUAGCCCAGUAUGUGUGAACGUGACACCACUGCAGGUUGAACUCUUGGAAAAAGAUUUGCAGGAUAUUAAAGCCUCUUUACAAGAUGCAAAAACGCACAACCAGUGCUUAACAGAAAUUAUUGAUCAGCAAAAGAAAAAUUUGGAGGAAUUAGAGAAGCAAAAGAAAAAAAUAGAUGUGACAGAUGUGGGAAUUCAAGUAGGAGGCAAAUCGGAAUCUUCUCAAGAAGAUAUAGUAACACGUUUGGCAGAUGCACAUGCGGUGAUAAAACAAUUGCAUAGGGAAAAUACGGAUCAACGAAAGGAAAUUGCAACAUUAAAGGCAGCAUCGGCAAAUAACGGAGGUACAAGUAGGGGCGGAUGGGCACGAGAUAGUAAUAAUAGUCAUCAUAGUCGUGUAUCAUCUAUAACUGGAAUACAGGAAUCAACAUCUCACAAAUUUCCACCAUUACAGACACAGAGCUACUCGCAUCGCAGAAUUCAAAGCUUUGAUCAUAAUUCUGAUUAUCACAGAAACGGAAGAAAUCGAUAUGACAGACAGGAUCUUCAUACGGACGCUGAAAAUACUGCAUUACCUCAGCUUCAAAAUGGUAGUAUAAAUUCAGAUGCUAUGAUCUUUGAUUCUUGUUAUCGCCGAUAUCAAGCUUAUCUUAAUUAUCAUCGAGAAUAUUAUAGUAAUCGCAAGUAUAGAUGUCAAGGUUCGCAAAGGGAUCGCAGAGAUUCUGAAAAUCGUUAUUACAGACGCGAUUAUAAAGAUAGAAAAUUUAAAGACCACCAGAGGGGAGAAUGUACAGAUUCUGGAGAAGGUUCGAGAGAUGCGGAUAGCUCUCAUAAUCAAUAAAUAAUAUAUAAAUUGUUUUGAAUCUGGCGGCUUAGCCGCAUCAUAUAUGAGUAGAUAUGUCUUUAAGUUAUUUGCCUUAAAAUAUGUAAAAGCAUCAGGAACUCCAUUAGCAGUAAUAAUAGUUAUAAAUGCCGAGUGAUUAAUGUUUUCUCAUAUAAAUAUUCUCAUCUUGAAUAUUAUUCCGUUCCCUAUGCUUAGAUCACCAUACAUAGCGCAAUGACACAUUAAAGCUAUAUGAUCUCUCGAAUGGAACAAUCUAGUGCAGCAUAAAUCAUUUCAUUCAUUAUAGGCUGCCUUGAAAAAAGUAGAAGUUAUGCCUCAUGAAUUGGUAACAAAGUAAUUAUAAACAGCAAAUAUAGAUAUCAACAAAAAAAAAAAAAAAAAAAAAAAAAAAGAAAAGAAAAAAAAAGGAAAAAAAAGGAAAAAGAUAGAAAAGAGAAAAAAAGAAAAAAGAAAGAAAAAAAAACAAAAGAAAGGAAAAGCUACUACAUGUAAUUACAACAACUUGAAAAAGUAUGAGAAGGAGGUGGGAAACGAAAGAUGUAAUUAAUCGAAUUUCAUUGUUACUUUUUCUGACAUCUCUAAGAAGAAUUGCUUCGAUAAAGAAAUGACAAGAGUUUCUACAAGUUAUUCUACAAUUUACAUCACGUUACAUUUGCAAGAUCUAAAGAUGCAUAUCUUAAUAUUUUAUUUUAUAUUGAGUGAUAUUAAAAGCAAAAGUGAAUUUUAAAAUAUUAAGUAAUUUUAUGUAGAGUAACUUUUAUUGUAAUUGUUUCAAAAUUGUAUUACAAUUGAAUUGUAAAAUAAUUGGCGGAUGAGUUUUUCUUGCACAAUGAAAGGUGUAUCUAUGAAAAAGUUGGAAAAUUCAUCGAUGAUACUCAUUUAUCCUACAUAUAUACUACUGUUUCUAAUACAUUUUCAACUACUAGUGGAUGCAUAUAUGCGCGAGAAAUAAAGCAAAGUUGAUAUACAUAUAAUGCUUCUAUCUAUGAGCAUAGAUAAAUUAAUAUGAGGUGUAAUGAUUUGAUCAAGUACCUUUUAUCUAUUAUAAUCGCAUACCUUAUUAAAGAAAUGACAAAUAAUUGGAUGAUGAUUUUCAACAUAGAAUAUAUAUUUUACUAUAUUUUCUAUCACUUUUGUAUAUUCAGUUUGCAACUAUCACCAAUUUUUUAUUUCUAUAUUACAUUUCAUACAAACAUUGUGCAAUUAAAUGAACGUUGAACAGGUUUUAGAUUAUCCAAACUAAAUAGAUAUAGAGAUAUAAACAUGUUUUUUUAUAUAUUUCAUAAUUUAUAUUUUAUAUUUACAUAUUAUGGCGUAUAUACGUUGAAAUAUUUUUAUGCACCUUUAGAACUCUUAUGAAAUUUUACACUCAUCAUAAAUAUCUUAUACAAGUUAUGCUUGAAUAGAUCACAUAAAUGAGUUUAUUUGUUUUGGUUUUGAUUUAUAAUUAUUGUGAAUAUAGACUAUUAAUCAUUGCUUGUUAAUCUUUAUGUUAGCACAAAAAUGAUUACAUAAAUUGUAACUUUCAAAGCAUAAAAUCAAAUCAAAAAAAUUCAAUUUUAUUAAAUGAUUUUAAUUUUACAGAUUAAAUCAAUAUAUUGAUUAUUGUGUGUAAUAUCAAAUGAUUGGAUUACAAUCAAUAGAUUUAACAAAAGAGAUAAAACAAAAGUUUUCAUUACUACUUUCACGGCAAAUAUAUAUAUAUAUAUAUAUAUCAAAAGUAAUUACCAUUACGCUAACUUAUUCUUCUUUCCUAGAAUAUUCGAAAAAAAAUUAUCCCAUAAUCAAAUUAUUAUUCGUUUUAUAGUAUUUGAUCUAAACGUUGUAAUUUCAGUAUAAAUCAUGCAAAUGAGAAAGAAUGUUUUUCACACACACACGCAUAAGCAUACACGCGCGAGCACGCGUCACACACGGGGGGAUAUGUAAAUUUAUUAAUUUUUAAGGUUCUAACUAAUAUCGUAAUGUUUCUCAUCUUAGUCAGAUCAAAAUAAAAACAAGUACUUUAUGAUAAUAUUACAUACAAACUUGUAUGCUUAAGUGGAAGAGACAUUAAAUUGAUAUUGAGAAUA